CCCUUCGAUUCCUUGGAUUUCCCUUCGAUUAUUCACCAAAAACGUGUGAAUCAUGGUUGAAACUAGGCUGGGUAAGAGAAAGGAUAGGCCUCCUCCAACGGAUCCUCCUCCGCAAAAGAGCGGGACCUCGAAGAACUCGAAGAAGAACAAACCGAAGAAGAGUUCCAAGAAGAGAAAAACAACGGAUGAGGAAUCACCGGCGGUUGAUUUUGUUGGAACCGUGGGAGUUGCGGAGGAGAAUGAAGUAGAAGAACCGGCUAAGGAUGUAGAAGAUCGGGAGAAAGAGAAAGAAGAAUCGGAGAAGGAGAAAGAAAGGGAAGAAGAAAAUGGAGACGAAGAUGAAGAAGGAAAUAGCGAUGAAUCUCAAGAAGAGAAAGACGAAAAUGGAGACAAAGAUGAAGAGGAAGAAGGAAAUAGCGAUGAAGAAGUAGAGAACAAAGAUGAAGAAAAAAUACAAGAGGAGGAAGACACCAGAGAAGAAGAGAACGGGACUCCCGAAGAGAACAGAGGUCAAAAUGAAAAUGAAAAUCAAGAACAAGGAGAACCCCCAUUGGAAGCGGAAUUAGGAAAUGUUGAUGGUGAUGGUGAAGGGGUUCUCGGGCAAGGAGAAGAGGAAUUAGAGGCAACCGAGGCAAUCAAACCGUUGAGGAUGUACUUCUAUGAGUCGGAGUACAAGAAACAAAUAAAGCUAGCGACCAAAUGUUUCGUCAAAGACGUUAUGGUUACAUUUGACAAUCUGGAACCGCCGAUGAGUGAUACUGAGAGGAAGUGGUUUGAGGAGCAUCCACAAUUCUGUCACGUGUUCCACCUGGAGAAGGACUCAAACCACAUGGUCCAAGGAAUGUGGAUGUUGCUAUUGCGGACAGUGGAUAGCUCGAAGAGGAAGGAAGUGUGGUUCAUUGUGAAUGGUGUUCCCAUCCACUAUGGCCUGAGAGAACACGCUUUGAUCUCAGGUCUUAGCUGCCGCAACUAUCCACUUGGGUAUAAGAAGUUUGGUGAUAGAAAGUUCGUGAAGCGCCAUUUCAAGAAGGGAGAAUCAAUAAGGCUUGAGGAUGUCAAAGCGAAGCUGUUGGCUAUGGGAGAACACAGAGACCGGCUGAAGAUGAUGGUUUUGUUCUUUUUAGGAAGUGUUAUCUGUGCGCAAACGAAAGUAGGAAAAGGCGCCAGAGAUGUUUUGGAAUUCUUCCAAAGAGCUGUGGACGAUCUCGAGUUCUGCGAAAACUUUCCAUGGGGGAGGUACUCGUUUGAUUACAUGGUUAAGGAGAUAUCGCACACCAUAGAUCAUUUUGGAGGUCGGGUUAGAGAGAAGACUUUAUGGCCACUUCCAGGUUUCUGUCUGCCACUGGAGUUGCUUGCUUUUGAGGCAAUUCCCAAGUUGGGAUUGAAGUUCAGAAAAGAGGUUGAAGACGUCGAUGUAGACUGUCCUAGGAUGUGCAGAUCAGUCUUUAAAUCAGCAGGGAUGAAAGGGUUUUCACUUUCAAAAUUGAAUCGGGAACUGGACAAACUGGACAAAAUAACGUCACGGGAUAUCCACAGCAUCCUUCCUACCAAGACAGAAGAAGAAGUAGCUCUUUUGGAAGAGCUGACUGAAGAGGAGGACGACGUUGAUGUCGAUGAUAUUUCUGUUGACAGUUGGGUAAAGCGUCUUGCAGAAGGACAUUCAGUCUUUUUUGAAGAGAUGUAUGAUGUAGACGUUGCUGCGCGUGAUCCAAAUGCACAAGAGGCUGUCGACGAAGAUCAGGAUGACGAAGAAGGUGGAGAGGAAGGAGGCGCAAGCCAGAAGAAGAUGAUGGAGGAGUUGAUCAAACAAGUGAAAAUGUUUGGCACUCAGCUAAAGAGAGUUAAGAAGACAAUGGACAAGUUUGAGGAAAGGAUGGUGGUUCCGUUUGAGGCGUUUAUGAAGAAAGCUAUGGAUGAAGGGCAAGGAAGCAGGGAGUGAAGAACUCGGUUAUGUAUUUUGUAAACUCGGUCAUGUAUUUUGUGGGAAGUUGGACCCAUUAUUUUGUUGUUGUGUGGAUGUUGGAAACCUCUUGACUUAUUAGGUAUGUUGGAUGGAGCUUGUUCUUGUUAUCAUGGAUGUUGCAAUCUUGUUAUCAUGGAAGUUCUUAUGAUUAUAUUUUGAAUGUGCCUCUUAAGGAAAACUAGGAAAAGUAGGAUAACUUAAUGAAAACUAGGACAACUAGGAGAACUAGGAGAACUUAAUGAAAACUAGGACAACUAGGAGAACUAAGAGAACUUAAUGAAAACUAGGAAAACUAGGAAAACUAGAAAUACUAGGAAAACUAGGAAAACUAGAAAUACUAGGAAAACUAAUUCUUCAACACCACACUUAAACUAAGCAUACAAUUCUUCAAACUUCUUAACAAUGUCAUCUUCUUCAUUUUUGUCAUUCCCGCCCCCGCCCUUCCCUGUCUUCUUCUUCUCCAAGUGAUUUUUCAUUUCAGAAAUGGUCUUUUGUAAUUGCUCAAUCACUUUAUCCUUCUCCUGGAUUUCAUCACGGGCUUGAAGCAAUGCUCUCCUUUGCCAUUCUGUACCAUCCUCUUCAUCGAACCAAGAGAAGUAAUUGCAUUCAUUUCCAAGCUGCAAUAAGGUCAAAAUUCAAACCCAAUUCAAAUUCAGAUUCCAUUAUAUCCAGAUUCCAUCAUAUAUUCAUACCUUAAAACGCGGACAGCCAUAAAAGUGUCGACCAGGAUUUUUCUCAGUCCAAGCUUGCCUUAUUUUCUCCGGCAAGCCACAGUGACACAACCUCAGACAAGAAAAUCGGCGGCGGCUCCUUUGCGAUAAAGACGAACCCGAACCCGAACCCACUUCCAUCUUCACUUUUUCCAUCUCACUUGCUCGGCGAGGGGGGAAGAGAAUUCGAUUCUCAAAAUAGAGAAGGGAGACGAGAGACACGAGAGAGAGGGAGAGGAAAUGGGAGAAAUAUAGAGAGAGAGAGAGGGAGAGAUGAAAAAGGGAUAAAAAGUCAAACUGAAAGUACUUGAAGGGCUUUGGGAGGGGAGUAAAUUUGUGUGGUUGAGAUAAUUGCCCAAAAAAAAUUUGUUCAUAGUUAUACCCAAGAUACUAGUAUUCCCAACUUUGGUCAUAGUUAUAUUUUUGUCGGUUUCUAAUUUAUUUAGUGUUACUAAUCUAUUUAAAUUGGUUAUCUAGUUUUACCUUCAAUAUUACUAGUUUAAAUUGUUAUAUAUAUAGUUCCGUGCAAUUAUAUUUAGCGAAUAGAUAUAACUCGAAAGUUUCGUUUGUAAGAUGUCUUUGGCCAACAAAGUGUUAUUGGAAUUGCAAGGUCUCGUAAGGGAUA